AUGAGCUUUCCUUCACAAGGAGUGCAGCCUUUGCAAGGAGUGGAGCCUUUGCAAGGAGUGCAGCCUUUGCAAGGUGUGCAGCCUUUGCAACGAGUGCAGCCUUUGCAAGGAAUGCAGCCUUCACAUCCAUUGCAGACUUCGCAAGCAGUACAGCCUUCGCAAGGAGUGCAGCAUUCGCAAGGAGUGCAGCAUUCGCAAGGAGUCGAGCCUUCGCAAGGAGUGCAGCCUUCGCAAGGAAUGCAGCCUUCACAUGCAUUGCAGCCUUCGCAAGGAGUGCAGCCUUCGCAAGGGGUGCAGCAUUCGCAAGGAAUGGAGCCUUCGCAAGGAGUGCAGCCUUUGCAAGGAAUGCAGCCUUCACAUGCAUUGCAGCCUUUGCAAAGAGUGCAGCCUUCGCAAGGAGUGCAGCAUUCGCAAGGAGUGGAGCCUUCGGAUGGAGUGCUGCCUUCGCAAAGAGUGCCGCCUUCACAUGGAGUGUGGCCUUUGCAUGGAUUGCAGCCUUCACAUGGAAUGCAGCCUUCACGAGGAGUGCAGCCUUCACAUGGAGUGCUGCCUUCCCAUGGAGUGCUGCCUUCACAUGGACUGCAGCCACAAGGUGUGUUGUCCUCAAAAGAUGAGCUUUCCUUCACAAGGAGUGCAGCCUUUGCAAGGAGUGGAGCCUUUGCAAGGAGUGCAGCCUUUGCAAGGAGUGCAGCCUUUGCAAGGAGUACAGCCUUCGCAAGGAGUGCAGCAUUCCCAAGGAGUGCAGCAUUCGCAAGGAGUGCAGCCUUUGCAAGGAGUGCAGCCUUCGCAUAUAGUGCACCCUUCGCAAAGAGUGCCGCCUUUGCAUGGAGUGUGGCCUUUGCAUGGAUUUCAGCCUUCACAUGGAGUGGAGCCUUCAAAUGA